AUGCCUAUUCGUCUCCCAAUCGCCACUCGAAGAUUCUUCCAAAUGGCCAUCUCACCCUCAGCCCCACAGUUAACUGCCUGCCCUGACAUCUCGCCGUACACUAAGCUCCCCGAGGUCGUCUUCGUCGCGGCUGGCCGUACACCGGUGGGCUCGAUGUCGGGCUCUUUGAAAGCGCUGUCAGCGACCGAAUUAGGGGCUCAAGUCGUCAAGGCUACCAUCCAGCGAUCUGGCUUGAAGCCUUCCGACAUCCAGGAGGUCUACAUGGGAAACGUGCUCCAGGCCAACCUUGGCCAGAGUCCUGCCCGUCAGGUCGCCCUCGGUGCUGGAUGUCCCGAAUCGACUGAAGCCACGACGAUCAAUAAGGUGUGUGCAAGUGGGAUGAAAGCCAUCAUCCUCGCUGCUCAGAACUUACAGAGCGGCAACCGCACCAUAAUGGUCGCUGGUGGAAUGGAAAGCAUGAGUAACACUCCCUUCUAUUUACCUCGAGGAAACUCCUUUGGACACUUCUCGGUAUCCGACGCAAUCAUCAAGGAUGGGUUGUGGGACCCUUACAACCAAAUCCACAUGGGAUCCUGUGCCGAGGAGACGGCGCUGAAGCAUUCGAUCGGAAGAGAUGCCCAAGACGACUAUGCGAUCGAAUCCUACGAACGGGCCGCGAAAGCCUGGGAAGCUGGGGCAUUCAAAGACGAAAUCGUACCGGUCGAGAUAAAAGACAAACGAUCGGAUAAAGUCACCAUCGUUUCCGAGGAUGAAGAAUAUAAAAAUGUCAAGUUUGAUAAGCUCAGAACAUUGAAACCAGUCUUCAAAAAGGAACGAGGCACCGUCACAGCCGCCAACGCAUCCACCUUAAACGAUGGGGCAAGUGCUGUCGUACUCAUGACGGCUGAAGAAGCUCGAUUGAGGGGAACCAAAAAGCUGGCUAAAAUCAUCUCCUAUGCCGAGGCGGCCUGUGCGCCGAUCGACUUCCCUAUCGCACCCACUCUGGCGAUCCCGAUGGCAUUAGAGAAGGCAGGCUUGGAGUUCGAAGACAUGUCGAAAAUCGAAAUCAAUGAAGCCUUUUCCGUCGUCGCCCUCGCCAAUAUGAAAAUCCUUGGAAUCAAAGCCGACAAAGUCAAUGUCAACGGUGGAGCGGUCGCUUUGGGCCACCCUAUCGGCAGCAGCGGUUGUCGAAUCGUCGUCAGCUUGAUUCAUUCCUUGAAGCCAGGCGAAUAUGGCGUGGCUGGUGUUUGCAAUGGAGGAGGAGCUGCUUCAGCGAUGGUCAUCCGAAGAUUAUGA